CCACGCAAAGCCUCGCGCAUCAGUGCCACUGAGAAGUUGCGUUGUGCGGACGCGCUUCGCCGCCAGUCCGCGCGCCUCCAGUUGAAAAGUCAUGCUCGACACGCGGACUCGCACGAUGUGCAGCGGACCCGGAGCUUCACGCGUGUUUGGAAAAUGAUUGCGGCCGGCGGCGAGCUUUCCAUUAUGGUGAGGAGAUGUCUGCUCACUUUCAAACCGUUCAGGAUCUUUGUGGUGGGGAUCGGCUUCUUCAGCCUCUGCUUUCUAAUGACCUCUCUCGGGGGCCAGUUCUCAGCCAGGAGAUCAGGUGAUUCUCCCUUCACCGUGCGAGCCGAAGUACUGGGCGGUCAGGAGUCUCGCGGAGUCCUGAGGAAGAUCAGCGACAUGCUGGAGGUGAUCAUGAAGCGGAUGGACGCUCUGUCCAAGCUGAGUAACACCACCGACGCCCACAGGCUGGACGAGCUCAGCUCGGCCCUGGACAGGAUUCAGCCUAUAGGCCUCGUGGAGCGUAUCCAGGCCAUAGCCCAGAACAUGUCUGACAUGGCGGUGAGGGUGGAGCAGAUCCUGCAGCGCAGCAUGGCCAACAACAGAGUUAGGGACGGAGCGCCCGGGCAGUGUGAGAUUCCCAAAGAUCCCCGUUAUCCGGACUGUCCCAGCAAGAUGGAUUGGAUGCGCGCUCGCUGGACCUCGGACCCCUGCUAUGCCUUUUACGGCGUCGAUGGCUCUGAUUGCUCCUUUCUGGUCUACCUGAGUGAGGUGGAGUGGUUUUGCCCCCCACUGACCUGGAGGAACCAGACUGCCACGCCCACUUUGAAGCCUCCUCCAAAAAGACAGGCCGUUUUCCAGUCUGAUAUCGGGACUCUGCUGGAGCAGGUCGGCACCGGGAAGGAGUCCCUGAGCUUCAUGAAGAGACGCAUGCGGAGGCUGGCGGCGCAGUGGGCUUCAGCAGCCCGACGGCUGGACGACAAGCUCCGCAACCACUGGAGAGAGCAGAAGAGGAUCCUCGUCCAUGUGGGCUUCCUGACGGAGGAGUCUGGGGACGUCUUCAGCCCCAAGGUGCUGAAGGGAGGCCCUCUGGGCGAGAUGGUGCAAUGGGCCGAUAUUCUGACGGCGCUGCACGUGCUCGGACACGACCUCAAGAUCUCUGUCUCUCUGAAGGAACUGCACGGGUUUUUGGGUGUCCCUCCCGGAAGAGGAAGCUGCCCUCUGACCGGACCUCUGCCCUUUGACCUCAUCUACACCGAUUACCAUGGCCUGCAGCAGAUGAAGCACCAUAUGGGUCUUUCACUGAGGAAGCACAAGUGCCACAUUCGCGUGAUCGACACUUUUGGCACCGAACCUGCUUACAACCACGAGGAGUACGCCACUCUGCAUGGCUACAGAACCAACUGGGGCUACUGGAACCUUCACGGUCAGCAGUACAUGACCAUGUUUCCCCACACACCAGACAACUCCUUUAUGGGUUUUGUUGCGGAGGAGCUAAACGAGACGGAGAGGCUGAACAUCCAGAGGAACAAGGUCAAUAACAUGGCUGUUGUGUACGGCAAAGAAGCCAACAUGUGGAAGCUUCAAGGUAAAGAAAACUUCCUGUCAAUCCUGCACCGCUACAUGGACGUCCACGGGACGGUGUACUACGAGACGCAGCGGCCCCCGGAGGUGCCCGCCUUCGUCAAGAACCACGGCCUGCUGCCUCAGCAGGAGCUGCAGCAGCUCCUCCGAAAGGCCAAGCUUUUCAUUGGAUUUGGCUUCCCGUACGAAGGUCCCGCCCCUCUGGAGGCAAUAGCCAAUGGCUGUAUAUUCCUUCAACCCAGGUUUAGCCCCCCUCACAGCUCUCUCAACCAUGAGUUCUUCAGAGGGAAACCCACCUCCAGAAAGGUGUCCUCCCAGCAUCCGUACGCGGAGCAGUAUAUCGGCAGGCCGCAUGUCAUAACUAUCGACUUCAAUAACUCUGAGGAGUUUGACGCCACCGUCCGAGAGCUCAUGAGGAUUGAUGUGGAGCCUUUCCUGCCCUACGAGUACACCUGUGAGGGGAUGCUUGAGAGAGUCCACGCCUACAUUCAGAACCAGGACUUUUGUUCCCCUGAAGCCCCCUUCCCUCCAGUGAAUGCCUCUCAGGCGUGGCAGGCCGGCCCCCCCAGCCCCUUCACCCUGCUGCCUAACUCAAGAGUCUUAGCCUGGGCGUCCAACAGCAGCUCCUUCCCAUCCUGGCCUCCCCUCAGCGCGCUGCGACUCCUGGCCUCGCUGGAGGACCAGUCAUGCGUGGACGCCUGCCAGAGCGCAGGCCUGAUCUGUGAACCCGCCUUGUAUCGUUUCAUCAACAUUAAGGAGGCCUUUAACGCGCUGGACCUCCAGUGUGAAGGAGUGGAGUCUGAAAUAAACCACCUCUUCCCUGCUUUCUCCGCAAAGCAUGCUGAAUGUGGUCUGCAGCAGGACCCGCUCCUGUUCAGCUGUGCCGGCUCCAGUGUCAAAUACCGGCGCCUCUGUCCUUGCAGGGACUACCGCGUUGGCCAGGUGGCGUUAUGUCGGGACUGCCUAUGACCAGAGGAGAGACUCUGAUGGAUUAAGAUCCAUUUGUAAAACUGGGGAAGCGGGCAGGCUAAACCCAGAAGGCUCACUUUGAGGAGACCUUGCGGU